GAUGGCUUUUGGGCUUUGGAUGCUGAUAUAAGAGUGCAACUCCAGACAUUGUUGCUUCAUUGUCAGCACAUACAGUUGUAAUAAUCUAAGCCUUGGAUAUCAUUGACCACAAGAGCACAGUCAUCACUCUAAAGGAUGAUGAGAUUGAAGAGGGAUCUGAUCCUGCUGCUGCUCAUCUCUUUAUGUGUCGCUCAGAAGAAGAGCACUCAGGAAACAUGGGAGCACAGAGACAAAACAAAUGGUAAAAGCUGCUCAAACCUGACCCAAGUGCUGGACAACUGGAAAUAUGCCAUCAUGUACCAGGUGAAGGAUCUGCUGGUCAAUGACCAUGCCUCAGUCUUACCUGAGUAUGUGAGGAUCAAGUCUCUGUCUGAUGCAGUAGAUGACCUCUAUAAGCAAUUCAACACUCUGAAGGACAACCUGGCCAAACUCACCAGUAAAUUCGAUAAAGUGGAGGACUUUGUGGAUGAGCUGCAGGCAGGGAAGAUACCCAAAGCCUGGCUGUGGAAGGCACCACAGCGUCCACCCUUGAGAGUGCCGACCCAGACACCAAUGAGGGCCUCGGGCAGAGGACAGUGGGUUCGGAGGGCAAGAGCCAGGAGAGGCCCUGGUACUUAGUGGACUUUAGUGGAAUAUUGACAGGGGGUGGGGGGGUGUUCAUUGGAUAAAUAAGGGUGCUUAGCUUCCUAAAAGAGUUCUAGUUGGCACCCUUCCUGAUAGGGAAACGAUCUUUAAGGGUUCCUACUAUGGUACAACCGAAGAGCCCAAGGGUUUUAAAUGUCUUUGAACGAGUUUUCUUCAUUACACAGUAUGAAUGAGAAUAUAUACAUUUAUAUACAUCACCCAAAGAUGGUAACACUGACAAAUGCCAUUAGCAUUGUUUUCAUUAUAAGGAACAUUAUCAUUUAAGAUGGUGAUUUAUUUUUUAUUAAAAUGCAAAGCUUUGCCUACAAUAUCUAGUUUUAAAAUUAGCAGCCAAAUCAGCAGGGCUGAUUACACCUGCUUUGGCAAAUCUAUAUAUAAAAUCUUUAUAUAAAAGUAGAUUUAUGAGAAAUGUAUAAAUAAAAUUGGCUGUUUAUCAGAUACAAGAUAUGUUUUGAUCACAUGUAUUUUGUUAAAUGUGUGCUAUAAUAAUAAAAUUUACACAUGGG